AUGGAUAAAUUGUAUGGCGCGCUGCGGAGCGAGGUAGAAGCGCGCGGGCGCGGUACGGAGUCAGCGUUCCUCCACGAGCUCCACUCGACGCUGGCGCCCGCUGCCGCGCCCGACCACCCCUGGACGCACACCCUUGCCCUCGUCCUCAAAGGCCUAGUCUUUACCACCAUCAUCUUAGGAGCUAUAUUCGGAAACGCACUCGUCAUCAUCUCAGUCCACCGACAUAGGAAACUGCGCGUCUUGACCAACUACUACGUUGUUAGUUUAGCUGUUGCUGAUAUGCUCGUUGCUUUGUGCGCGAUGACCUUCAACGCCUCUUCAGAACUCACAGACGACUGGCUAUUUGGACCUCUAGUCUGCGACAUCUAUAAUUCCUUAGAUGUGUACUUUUCAAGCGCUUCAAUCCUUCAUCUAUGCUGCAUUUCCGUGGACAGAUAUUAUGCCAUCGUCAGACCUCUAGAAUACCCUGUCACCAUGACUCAUAGAACCGUUUGCUUCAUGCUAGCCAACGUCUGGCUCUGGCCAGCCUUCAUCAGCUUCGUCCCAAUCUUCAUGGGCUGGUAUACCACCGAACAGCAUCGGCAAUACAGAAGAGCGAACCCAGACGUGUGCAUAUUCAAAGUCAAUAUGGUAUACGCGAUAGUAUCGUCAAGUGUGUCGUUCUGGAUUCCGAGUCUGGUCAUGAUAUCUAUGUACUGCAGGAUAUUUAGAGAAGCGAUACGGCAAAGAGAAGCACUGACUCGGACGUCUUCGAAUAUCCUCCUAAACUCAGUGCAUAUGAAGCAUACGUCACAUUCUGCGCAUCAUUCUCACUACCUCCAUCCUGAUAGAAGACCUUCAGAUAUCAGCCCGAAUUACAGCACCUUUACAGAAUGUCCUGAAGAGACGGAGUUUGGGGGAGAACGGUCUUCGAGUGGUCAUGCACCGCCUCCAGGAUGGAGACCUAGUUGUUCUUCGGCGGUGGCUACGAGGGACUUGGCGAAGGCUGCGACGGAGUUGAAUGCUCAAGGCGCGUCUCUGCGUGCAGCGGGAAAAUCUUGGCGCGCGGAGCAUAAGGCGGCGCGUACACUUGGCAUCAUAGUUGGCGCGUUUUUGCUGUGUUGGCUGCCAUUUUUUCUUUGGUAUGUGACAACGAACCUCUGCGGCGAGCCUUGUGAGACGCCAUCUGUAGUCGUAGGCGUACUAUUCUGGAUCGGCUACUUCAACUCCGCUCUAAACCCGCUCAUCUACGCGUACUUCAACCGCGACUUCCGGGACGCGUUUAAAAACACGCUCAUGUGCGCCCUGCCUUGCUGCUUCAGCUGUUGGAAAGACACCGGCACGGCGCAGUUCGUGUAGUAAAGACUUGCGAUUAGUCGCAUAAGUACUCGACUUGUCGCAGAAGUGAGGUUUGUGAUUUUGUAAGGAAUUGCUAUUUUAAUCUCGUUUAGUAAAAUUAGUAAUUAUAAUUACAUUUGUUUGAAAAUGAUAAGCUCGGAGGGAAUUAAAGUGUAAAAUUGUAAAAAGAGGUGGAAGGUAUAAAAAUGUUUAGCAAUUUCAAAUGUGAUAGUUUUAAGGGUCAUAAUCCACGAUCACUGUAAAUAAUUGUAGAAGUCGUAAGUUAGAAUUAAAGUAAAUUGGCAAUAAUAUUGUUUCGAAUAAGUUACAUUUCAUUGAUGCUUUAAUGAACUGCCAAUCAUUCGUAAUACACGUUAGUAUUUUGUGUCUAUACAGGGUGUUGAUUUCAAUCCUCGCCAUAUUUAUUUAGUUGAUCUAUUAUGACUUUGACGCAUUAUCCACAAAAAAAAUUACAAACGAAAAUGGAAUUUUUGGCGAAUAUUUUC